UCACCUACUCUUCAAACUUCCCCAAUAUUUUUUUACUUUUUUUAUCUUGUUUAUCUUCUUCUUUGGUUUUAGUCUGUGUUUGGUACUUUGCAUUCGUUGUUUGAACGAUGACGUUGCAACUAAACAUAUGAAGCGACCUUCUAGAUAGCUUGAGUUUGUGAACGCAGAAACAGAACAAAGAAGGAAAGAGAGAGAGAGCUGAAGCAUACCAGAAGAGAGAUGGAAAAAGUAGGUGAAGACGAGAAGACCAUUGGAGAAGCAAGCAACUCAACUGAGGAGACGAGGAAUGUUAAGGAAGAUGAAAGGAUCACAGAAGAAGGCUCCACGGAUCCAUCUAACUCACAGACGGCUAACUUUGAAGAUCAUGAUGUCAGUGAGUAUGAAAUGGAAGACGAGGAGGUUCUAGAGCUUUUUAGACGUAGUAGCAGCCUGAGACCAAAGGUAGCCAAGACUAACAACUUUCCAUAUCCGAACAAAUCUGAAGAGAUGGUACUACAGUUCCCUGAAGACACUCCUGCUGAAACAGAACAAACAAACGUAGAGUUUCAUAGUAUGACUGAUACCAGCGAGAUCGCCGGUCCAGGCGCAGAGGAUUUGGAUAUUUCUGUAAUACUUGAAGGAGUAAGGUCAUCAUCAGAUUCAAAAGAGGAUAGUGUUGACUCAUCCAGUGACUCUGACCUUUCCAGUUAUUACUUUGACGGGUCCUUACCUGUUUCAGCUCAUGUGGAAGAACCAGAAACCCAUCAAGAUGAAUCUCAUCUACCUAAAGAUGAAAACCAGAUGCCUCUACUGCGCCUUAACCAACCCGUGCAGCAACUAACUUCGUGGAGGAGCUGCUGCGGACUCCUUGAGCUUCUCCGGGCUGAUGAUCCAUAGAAUACAGAAAAUAAGGAAUAGAAACAUAAGCACUAUGCACUACACCCAGAGCUCAGAGCCACAUGUUCAUAGAAAUUAGACACGUGACAUGUUCUAGUAACCAUCACAUGAUCACAUCAUGGUUUAUAAUAGUAUGUUGUUCAUGUUCUGUACUGUCAAACAAUCUAUUAGCAACAAGUCUAUCUUUGUAAUUCA